AUGGCAAACAUAGCCCUAACUGAGCAAUAAUAUGAUGAGAUCUUCAAGUAGAAGAUUGUGAUGCCAAAGUUCAAUCUAGGCGUGAUGACUUACAACAUAUUAUCUAAAUUUGACACUCUUUCAGAAGAGCAAUUAUUAAAGCAAGUCGAGGAUAUGUAUGAUGAGGUCGAGGAAAAUGAGCUUAAACUUCUAAAGGCAGAAACAUAAUUCAAUAUGCGUGCAAGUGAUGCUCUGUAUCAUUAAGAAAUUUCAAGAGAAAUUACAAAGGAAAUAGCAAGUUCAAAAAGUGAAAUGGCUCACCUACAGAGAGAAUUAGAAUUGCAAAAGCAGCUUAAAGCCUAGAAAGCUGAAUAUGAGAUUAUCGCUAAAGCUAUAAAUGAAUUCCCUUCAUAAGAGGAAAGCCUGAAGAUAAUAGAUGAAUGUGCAGAGGAAAGAGAGUGUUUUGAAGUCAAGUCAAAGGAUGAUGAAAUUAUACUAAAGCAGAAGCAGCUUCAUGCUUUAAGAGAGUAUGAUUCAUGA